GUGCACGGGCGGCGUGACUGAUCGGCGUCAUGGCAACUGCGACUCACUCAUAAACACCUCUCUUCCAUCUCUCUUUCAUCUUGACUUCAAUCGCGUAGCAUCAAGAUGGUCUACUCUUCUCGAUGGGCUCUGUGUGCGGCCGUGACCAGCGCGGCUGCGCUGCAGAUUCCCCUGCUCUCAUCGAACAACCAGGCGCUUCUUGGCCAUCCCUCAGGGUCGAAGCCGCUCGUCAAUUCCACUGAAUUGCAGGAUCUCAUCAGUGGGGAUCGUCUGUUGGCCCGCUCGAAGAAGCUUUUUGAGAUCGCAAAGCUUGGUGAGGAGGAUUACAACCAUCCUACUAGGGUCAUCGGAAGUGCUGGCCAUCUUGGAACACUGUCCUACAUCUAUGAGACCAUUCUUGAGCUCGGAGACUACUACACUCUGUCGAACCAGAGCUUUCCUGCGGUCUCUGGCAAUGUCUUUGAGUCACGACUUGUGCUUGGCAGCGAUGUCCCGAAAUCGGCUGCUCCGAUGGGCCUGACCCCGCCAACGAAGAACAAGGAGCCGGUCCACGGCGAUCUUGUCGUCGUUGAUAACGAAGGCUGUCAGUUGUCUGACUUCCCGGACUCCGUUGCCGGUAACAUCGCCUUUAUUAAGAGAGGAGUGUGUCCCUUUGGAACGAAAUCGGAGCACGCCGGUCAGAAGGGAGCCAUCGCGGCUGUUGUCUACAACUACGAGAAUGACCCCGUUUCUGGUACGCUGGGAACGCCAUCGCCGGAUCACGUGGCCACAUUUGGCUUGUCUGGUGAAGAGGCGGCGCCCGUGUUGAAGAAGCUGAAGAACAAGGAGCGCGUCGAUUCAAUUGCUUAUAUUGAUGCUGAAGUUUCGCAAAUCGAGACCGUCAACAUCAUCGCGCAAACCGCCGAAGGCGACCCAGAGAACUGCGUCAUGCUCGGCGCCCACAGCGACAGCGUCGCCGAAGGCCCAGGCAUCAACGACGACGGCUCCGGCACAAACUCCCUGCUCGAGGUCGCUACGCAGCUCACAAAGUUCAACGUCAGCAACUGCGUCCGCUUUGCCUGGUGGGCUGGCGAGGAGGAGGGCCUUCUCGGCUCAGACUACUACGUGCAGUCGCUCUCGGAGGAAGAGAACCAGAAGAUCCGUCUCUUCAUGGACUACGACAUGAUGGGCAGCCCCAACUUCGCCUACCAGAUCUACAACGCCACCAACGCCCUCAACCCCAACGGCUCCGAGGAACUCCGCGAUCUGUACAUUGACUGGUACGAGCAGCAGGGCCUGAACUACACCUUCAUCCCCUUCGACGGCCGUAGCGACUACGACGGCUUCAUCCGCAACGGCAUUCCCGGUGGCGGCAUCGCGACCGGCGCCGAGGGCAUCAAGACGAAGGAAGAGGAGAAGGCCUUCGGCGGCAAGGCCGGCGACUGGUACGAUCCCUGCUACCACCAGCUGUGCGACGACGUCGGCAAUGUCAACAUGACUGCCUUUGUUGUUAACACUAAGCUCAUCGCGCACUCGGUUGCGACGUACGCGGUCUCGCUCAAGGAUUUCCCCAAGCGCGACACUACCGUUGCCUCCCAGGCGUACAAGGAGACUACCAAGUACCACGGCAGCAGGCUGUUCAUCUAAGAAUAGAUAUGUAGUGGAGAUUUCCGGCAUUUGUGGGAUGGUGAGAGCGUUGUAGCAUAGUCAUAGUCAUAGCAUUAGUAGAUUUGCAUACAUAAUUGAAACAAACCAUCAACCUGCAAUAUACUUUCUGAGACUACUACUGAAGUCAACAAAUACCAAUUUACAGGAAGUCGAAGUCGU